ACGCCACCUACCUGCUGGAAGGUAUUCAGGCACCUGUACACGAAGUGGAGGCUGAUCACACAGCUCAGCAGCCUAAGAAGCUGCUAGCUUCAGCCACAAGUCAUGAGAGCUGCCAGGUCCCUGCUACUUUUGAGAGCCCAGAUACAGACUUGAAAAGGUUUGUGGAUGGCUAUUGGGGCACCUUAACUUCCUCCAAGGAAAUACUGUUUUAUUGGAUUUCCUACUAAGCUGUUUCCCAGGUGACCAUGAACCAGCCAGCCCCUGCUGAUGACCCUGAUGCCAGCCCUAACCCCCUGUGCAUAGUUUGUGGCCAAGCUCAUUCUCCAGAAGAAAACCACUUCUACACCUAUGCAGAAGAUGUAGAUGAUGACCUCAUAUGCCACAUCUGCCUGCAGGCAUUGCUGGACCCUCUGGACACUCCGUGUGGCCACACCUACUGUGCCCUGUGCCUUACCAACCUCCUCGUGGAGAAAGACUUCUGCCCAGUGGAUCGGAAACCCGUGAUUCUACAACACUGCAAGAAGUCCAGCAUCCUGGUCCACAAACUCCUCAACAAGCUGCCAGUCACCUGCCCUUUCACAGAGCACUGCACAGAGGUGCUGCAGCGCUGCGAUCUCCAGCACCACUUCCAGACAAACUGUAAAGGAGCCUCCCACUACGGCCUGACCAAAGACAGGAAGAGGCGUUCACAAGAUGGCUGCCCCGAUGGCUGCGCCAGCCUCACUGCCAGCACGCUCUCCCCAGAGGUGUCUGCAGCUGCUGCCAUCUCCUUAAUGACCGACGAGCCAGGCCUGGACAACCCUGCCUACGUGUCCACCGCUGAGGAUGGCCAGCCAGCAACCAGCCCUUCGGACUCUGGCCGGAGUAACCGAACGAGGGCACGGCCCUUUGAGCGGUCCACUAUCAGAAGCAGAUCCUUCAAAAAGAUUAAUCGCGCUCUCAGUGUUCUACGAAGGACGAAGAGCGGGAGCGCAGUUGCCAACCAUGCUGACCAGGGCAGGGAAAAUUCUGAAAAUACCACCGCUCCCGAAGUCUUUCCAAGGUUGUAUCACCUGAUCCCAGAUGGUGAAAUUACCAGUAUCAAGAUCAAUCGAGUGGAUCCCAAUGAAAGCCUCUCCAUUAGGCUUGUGGGAGGCAAUGAAACCCCAUUGGUCCACAUCAUUAUCCAGCACAUUUAUCGUGAUGGAGUGAUUGCCAGGGAUGGCCGGCUACUGCCUGGGGACAUUAUUCUCAAGGUCAACGGGAUGGACAUCAGUAACGUCCCUCACAAUUAUGCCCUGCGUCUCUUGCGCCAGCCCUGCCAGGUGCUUCGGCUUACUGUGCUGCGCGAGCAGAAGUUCCGAAGCAGGAGCACUGGGCAGGCACUGGAUACCUAUGGACCCCGGGAUGACAGUUUCCAUGUGAUUCUCAACAAAAGUAGCCCUGAGGAGCAGCUGGGAAUAAAACUGGUGCGCAGGGUGGAUGAGCCCGGGGUGUUCAUCUUCAGUGUACUGGAUGGGGGUGUGGCAGACCGGCACGGCCAGCUGGAGGAGAAUGAUCGUGUGCUGGCCAUUAAUGGACAUGACCUUCGAUAUGGCAGCCCGGAAAGCGCAGCUCAUCUGAUUCAGGCCAGUGAAAGGCGUGUUCACCUGGUUGUAUCCCGCCAGGUGGGACAGCAGAGUCCGGACAUUCUUCAGGAAGCCGGCUGGGUCAGCAGUGGCAGCUGGUCCCCAGGCCUGGAGGAGAGGAACAAUGCUCCUACGCCCCUCCACCCUGCAGCUACUUGUCAUGAGAAGGUGGUUUGUGUCCAUAAAGACCCCAGUGAAUCUCUGGGCAUGACUGUUGCAGGGGGAGCAUCCCACAGGGAAUGGGACUUACCUAUCUACGUCAUCAGCGUGGAGCCAGGAGGAGUUAUAAGCCGAGAUGGAAGGAUAAAAACAGGUGACAUUUUACUGAAUGUGAAUGGCAUUGAGCUUACAGAGGUCAGCCGCAGUGAGGCAGUCGCCUUGCUGAAGAGCAUAUCCUCUUCCGUGGUACUCAAAGCCUUGGAAGUCAGAGAAUAUGAACCCCAGGAAGACUGUAACAGCCCAAUGGCCCUGGACUCCAACCACAACAUGACUCUACCUGGUGAAUGGUCCCCUUCCUGGGUGAUGUGGCUGGAAUUACCACGGUACUUAUACAACUGUAAGGAUGUCAUAUUAAGAAGAAACACGGCUGGAAGUCUGGGCUUCUGCAUCGUAGGAGGUUAUGAAGAGUACAAUGGGAACAAGCCUUUCUUUAUCAAAUCUAUUGUCGAAGGAACCCCAGCAUAUAAUGAUGGAAGAAUUAGAUGCGGUGAUAUUCUUCUUGCUGUCAAUGGUAGAAGUACAUCAGGCAUGGUACAUGCUUGCUUGGCAAGAAUGCUGAAAGAACUUAAAGGGAGAAUUACUCUCACUAUUGUUUCUUGGCCUGGUACUUUUUUAUAAGGUCAAUGAUUGAGUCUUAGAAAAACAGAAAAAUCACAAAUAGGCUAAGUGGAAACAAUAUAUUUAUCUUGUCAAUUUUUAUAUUUAAAGAACGCACUAUAAAAAAAUGUGAGGAAAGGUGUGAUCUAAAGAAAGUCAGUUAUAUUCAAACAAUAUUCUCAAAAAA